UGAAAAGGGAAAAAAUGUGGACGGUGUAUACAUCAAUAAAGGAUAUCACUCCGAAAACAAAAAACUGGAAGAUUAAGAUGAUCGUUGCGGAAAAGUCACCUAAACGAAUAAGCCAACGCACAGCAGUGAAGUACCAAAAUUUGAUAUUAAUUGAUAAAGAGGGAAAUCGAGUGCAGGCGACAAUGUUUGGAACUGAUAUUGACCCCCGGGAGAACACUUUAAAAAUUUUACAGUCCUAUUAUAUCAUCGAUGCAUAUGUCAAACCAGUAGAUCCAAAAUACAAAAUUGGAGAAUAUCAAUAUCAAUGGACCCUUAACUCAAAAACAAUAAUAGAAGAUGUUCCACAGAACGAAGAGCAAAUAGAUGCACCGAAAUAUGAGAUCAUCCCAUUCAAGGACUUGGAGGCUUAUAGAGGGUCGAUUGGAGAAAUAGGUAAUUUAAUUUAAAUUUUAUUAUAAAUUAAUUAUCAAUAAAUUAACAUUUCAUAUUCAAAUAUUUAGAUAUUUUAGCUGUCGCAAUCAAAAUUAAGCCAACUAAAGAGAUAACGACAGCAUCUGGACCAACAA